AUCAUCACCAACCCAACCCAACCCACACGUUUAACGAGAAAAAGAGUGAAAAAGACGUCCACACAUUAACGCUGUGUUUGGUUGGAGAAUUUGGAGAGGAAUUUGAAAAGGAAAAGUGAAACUGUGUGUGAAAUUAUGCGAAAUGUAGGCAUAUUUUUUUCACAUUUCACUUACCUUUUCCAUUUCUCUUUCCAAAUCCCUCCUCAAAUCCCUCAACCAAACACAACAUAAUAGAAUGAAUGGUGGUGUAUCUCUCUGUAUAUAUAUGCAGUCUCGGACCAACCAAUAAAAUGCACACAAGAGGUAUAGAGAGAGAGAGAGAGCUCGAGGACGAAACAAUGGUGUGACGAAAUCAGCCAACAACACAACAACAAACACACACAAAUCCGAUCAUCAUCCAGUGAGUGUGAGACAGAGAGAGAGUGAGUGAGUGACUGAGAAAUGUCUCCAUUCUCAGAUAUGUCAUUUCUUUCCUCGUAACAGAACACCCACAAUUACUAAUUACAAUACAACAGUACUACUACUACUAGUAGCCCCCACUACACUACCCAGGUACUCUCUCUCUCUCUCUCUCUCUCUCUCCCCGUAUAUUCUUCAGUAUGUAUAUCUAUACAGCUCAGCUCAAUACCCACCCGCACUAUUCUAUCACUCCUCAUCAACAUCACUUUCCCACCAAAUUACUGUUCAAAUCCAUCGUCCCUUCAUUCCCACCCCCAAACUGGGCCCAAAAGAAAUAUUCCACCACCGUCAGCCGCCGCAAGGACCACCACCACCUCCAGCACCUCCACGUCCACCUCGAUCAACCGCCGCAGAAGAUCGUCGUGAUCAUGGGUCCCACCGGGUCCGGCAAAUCUCGGCUCUCAAUCGACCUCGCAACCCGAUUCUUCCCCUCCGAAAUCAUCAACUCCGACAAAAUGCAAGUCUACCGUGGACUCGACAUCACCACCAACAAGAUUCCAAUGCACGACCGCCUAUCCGUCCCCCACCACCUCCUCGGCCAUCUCGACCCAUCCCAGCGCCCCGACUUGUCUCCCUCCGACUUCCGCUCCGCCGCCGCCGCCACCAUCUCCGCCAUCUCCUUUCGCCGGAAACUUCCACUCGUCGUCGGCGGCUCCAACUCCUUCAUCUACUCACUCGUUGCAAAUCGGUUCGACCCGGGAUCCGAUGUCUUCCGCGAAUCACACCCUGACCCGGUAUGUUCGGAGCUCCGGUACGAUUGUUGUUUCAUCUGGGUCGACGUGGCUUUGCCCGUUUUGAAUCAGUACCUGAGAAAACGAGUUGACGAGAUGCUUGACUCGGGCAUGUUCGACGAGUUAGCCGACUAUUUUGAGUUUGACGAUGAGGAGGCGAGUCGGGGGACUCGGACUGGGUUGAGGAAGGCAAUAGGUGUGCCCGAGUUCGAGCCUUAUUUUAGGAGGUUUGGUGGAGGCGGGGCUCCGAAGGAUGAUCCACUGAGGAGGGUUGUAUAUGAGGAGGCCGUGAGGGCAAUCAAGGACAACACGUGUCAACUGGCGAAGAGGCAAGUGGGGAAGAUCCAACGGUUGAAGAGUGCUGGGUGGGACCUAAAGAGAUUGGAUGCCACGGAAGCGUUUAGGGCGGCAAUGGAGGACGGUGGGUCAGAUUCCGGGAAGUCGUCAGAAAUUUGGGGGAAACAAGUAUUGGAACCAAGCAUGAAGAUUGUGAAGCGCAAAUUGGAGGAGAGGAGGACAAGGACGAGAAGCAUUCUACCUUCAUUCCAUUUUGGUAGUAGCAUGAAAAGGCUAUACCCUCUCUUGUCCAUUUCAUCCAAAUUAUUAUAAACUACUGCACUGCCAGCUUUCUUCAGGAUUGGCUCAGAAUGACAUCUGGUUGGUUCAGUUGUUGUCAUUUGAAUUUGAAUGACAAUUGUACUUUUAGAUGGAAUUGUCAAUUUUUGAAGUUUGAGUUUUAACAUGCCUUUGCAGCUGCCUUUUUGGGAGGGAUAUCAAUCAAAAGUUGUGGGACUGGGAAUGGUUUCAAAAAUCUUUUUGUAGACUUCAAGUCCCAUGAUGAGAAAACACAGUAAAAAAACAAAGGGCUCAGAAUCAUAUUGUUAAUUAUUGUGAAAUGUAUGUACCCUGUAAUCUCAAAGAAGCAUUCUAAGUGUAAUGUUGUUUUAGACCAUCGUCAAUGUAUAUCAUUCCACCUCUUAACCUUUGUUAUUUGUCUUAAAU